AUGCCUCUGAUCGUCUCUCCCAAGUGCACUCAAGUGAGUGUCGAAGGCGAUGCCACGUACUGCAUCGAUGGGCCCAUCUGCAGCGGUUCCGGCAACUACAUUGAUGGAGCCAAGUGCCCCGUCAAGGGCGAUGUGGCUGUGCAAGACUGCUUGUCGUCGUUGAAGAGUUACACCGACAGCGGCAAGUGUGUCGCUCCCAAGGACGCGGUAUGCAGCAGGGUCGUCACGGGGGUGUGGGGAUGCAAGUGGUAG